AUGGCCAGCCACAUCCUAUCCAAGUAUUUCCCUCCGUCCAAGACUGCAAAGAUGCGGAAUGAUAUCACCACCUUCUCUCAGCAGGACGGAGAGUCAUUGUAUGAGUCAUGGGAGCGUUACAAGGAAUUGCUGAGGAAAGUCCCUCAUCAUGGACUUCUCAUAUGGCUGCAAGUUCAGAUAUUUUAUAAUGGGUUGACCGAAGCCAAUAAGACUAUUAUGGACGUUGCAGCUGGGGGAUCCAUUAACAACAAGACCCCUGAAGUUGCCCAUGCACUGAUUGAGGAGAUGGCUGCAAACAAUUACCAAUGGCAUUCCGAGAGAGCCAAAGUUAGGAAAAAGCCCAGUCUUCACAUUGUAGACACCUAUACAGCACUAUCUGCACAAAUCGGUGCCCUCAGCAAGAAGAUAGAUGAAAUGCAGUUGGCAGCCAUGCAUGUUCAGACCGUAGCCUAUGAAUGGCAGCAAGGCAAUCAAUACCCUCGUGCAUUUAAUCUUGGAUGGAGGAAUCACCCCAAUCUAUCUUGGCAAAAUCAAAAUGCGGUGAAACCCUUUCCCCAAAAUUUCAAUCAGCCAGAGAAGAAAUCCAAUCUAGAGGAGCUGAUGACCAAGUUCAUAGCAAGUGCAGAAACGAGAUUUCAGAAUCAAGAAGCAUCGAUCAAGAACUUGGAAACUCAAGUGGGGCAGUUGGCACAAAUGAUAUCUUCUAGAGUCCAAGGCACUUUACCCAGCAAUACUGAGGCAAAUCCAAGAGAACAGGUGCAAGCCAUUACCUUGAGUCGUGGUAAGGAGUUGCAAGAGGUGGAGAAGAAGGCAAAGGAAGAAGGCAAGAUGGGUACAACCCUAGAAACCGAAAAGAAGGAGGAAGAGCAAUCUGAUUCAAAGAAAGAUAAAAGUCAACAGCCGCAAGUACCAUUCCCAAAUAGGCUAAAGCAACACAAAUUGGAAAAGGAAUUCGGUAAGUUUCUUGAAAUAUUUAAGAGUUUACAUAUUAACAUUCCUUUUGCAGAUGCUUUAGCCCAGAUGCCACACUAUGCAAAGUUCCUGAAGGAGAUAUUGGCAAACAAAAGGAAAUUGGGAGACGUGGCUAUAGUUUUACUAAAUGAAGAAUGCUCAGCAAUCCUCCUCAACAAGCUACCUCAAAAACUAAAAGAUCCAGAGAGUUUCACUAUUCCUUGCACUAUAGUUAGUCUGAAAAUUAAUAAGGCAUUGUGUGAUUUAGCAGCUAGUAUAAACUUGAUGCCAUAUUUGGCUUUUAAGAAAUUAGGGUUGGGUGAACCUCAACCCACCAGAGUUGCAUUGCAGUUAGCAGAUAGGUUUAUCAAGCAUCCUAGGGGAAUCAUAGAAGAUGUACUUGUUAAAGUUGACAAAUUCAUUUUUCCUAUGGAUUUCAUAGUGUUAGACAUGGAAAAGGACAUUGAUGUCCCACUUAUCCUAGGGUGA